CCGUGGGUGAAGGGUCUUUCUUCUCCCGAUUCGCGACAAGCAGGAGGGAAAAGGGCAAGAGAGGGAGCAAUCACAGAUUGCGUUUCCAAGAUUCCGAUCUUUUCGAAUCAUAAUUGCGAAGGUAAACAUGGGAUCGCUGAAGAAGUCCGCGCGAAGCAGAAUGGUAGCCGAGGACGGGCGAAGUAGUAGAGGAGGGGGUAAGGAUGAAUCAUUGGAUGGGAGCUCGAAAGCCGUCACUGGCACCGCUGGGCUCGGGUCACUCCACAGUAUCGAGGGCAUCUGUGACUACUGUGGAGAGGUCUGCGACAGUACCUGUGAUGAACUCAAUGCGAUCUCUUGUUCUUUUGAAGGCUGCACGAAUCCUGGCGUAUACCACCAAAUAUGCGUGGAAACGUACCUCAGGAGCAUUCGCCUGGACAAUCACACCGCGUGGAGCGAGAGGAGGAGGAAGAAGAAGAGAGGAGGAGGAGGAGGUCGCCGUCGUCCUACGAAGGAGACGACAACGACGACGAAAACCGAACAAACAAAACAAAGACGACAGCGAGAGGAUAAGGAAGAAGAAGAGAGGAGGAGGAGGAGGUCGUCGUCGUCCUACGAACGACAACCGAACAAGCAAAACAAAGAUAACGAUGCCGCCGCCGAAGAGAGAGGAGGAGAGGAGGAAGAAGAAGAGAGGGGGGAGAAGAAGGAAGAGGAAGGAGGAAGAAUGGGAAUUGGAGGACGAGGAGAAGGUCGUCCUCCUCAUCGUGAACGCGACAAGUAUGACGAUUUCACGACGAGCAAGACGGCGAACAACGACCAGAAUAAGAAAAAGAAAUAUGACGACGUCGGCGCCGUUGUCCAGGCCUUGAGACGAGCAAGAGGAGGAGGAGGAGAGGAAGAAGAAGAGAGAGGAGGAGGAGGAGGUCGGCGUCUUCAUUGUCUUCACAACGAGGACGAGGAUGACGACCAGAAAAAACAGAGACAAAUGCCAGUGUUGUCGUCGUUGCCUUGGGGACUCCUUGUCGCAGCGCCCACCAAGGUGAUGAAGAUGGCUGCCACCAUAGCGAGUGCGCGCACGUCGUGCGGGAUGCGCGGUGCGGCGCAUGUGCGCAGUGCAGCGCAUCGCGAUGCGCCGCAAAGCCACGAGGAUGCUACACGGGCUCUCAAUUCCCGUGUACUGGACCUGGAGCAAGCCGUACCAGGACCGGAUGCUGGUGAGUCCAACAAUGCACCCUAUAACCGCCAACUGGAGCAACGCGUCGACCACGUCGUCGCAAUGCUCGGCGACAUCAGCACCUUCGCUGCGCCGACCACCAUCAGCAAUCAGCUGGAUACUUUGAAGACCGAGGUCCAGCAACUGCAGUCGACGAACACGGAUGGCAACAAUCCAAAGCAAUACAAGAUGCCAACUUUUCAACUUGAGAAGUUCGACGACUACACGCAUCAGGACCCGGUGCUCUGGUGGGAAGCUUUCACGACGCAACUUCGGAUUCUGCUUGUCGCCAAGCACGCAUACAUGGGCGCUCUGUUCAUGAACUCAAAGGGCGGAUCUGGUGAGGCGACUCCACCUCCCACUCCGUCAGAUUCGACUGCCUUGCUAGCGGCCUCCUACACAUCUGGGGAGGAUGCGAAUGUCGCAAGUUCUCGAUACACUUACGAGGACUAUGCUGUCCACUUGGUGCCACCGUUGGACCAACCGCUCCACGUGCAACAAUCUACCGCAUGCACGGUUUCAUCACGAUCGACAACCAAUUCGGCAGCUUCGCCACAAUCUAUCGCCAGGGAUUUGACGUCAUGGUCAAGACUUGAAGAGCUCGACCCGUUGACGUUCACGGACUUCCAGUCGAUGCCCAUUCCCCCGACCGGUCGAUUGCCGAAACCGCAUUGCAACGUGCUCAUGGCACAAUUGCGGGAUUACUUGCACACUGCAGUACCGACUCCGUUGAUGGACGUCGGAGUAGAGGUUGUCGACCUUCACGCCUACAUUGCGAAGAUCGACCGCGAGUUCAAGACGCAACGGUACGACGACAUUGACGCACCAUUGCUAUACAUACGCAUUCAGAUCGGAGAGGCGACCUGCAACGCUUUGAUCGAUUGCGGAGCAUCUUGCAACUACAUCAGCCAGGACUUCAUGGUGCGCGCCGGCCUUGGCCCACGUGUCCGGAGGAAGUCCCAGCCUACGCAAGUCACGCUGGCGGACGGUCACACACACAAGUCAAUCGACCGGUGCAUUGAUGACGUUCCAGUGAACUUUGCCUCUCACGCAAGUGAGGCGGUGUCCUUUGACAUUCUGGACACCAAAUUCGACAUGAUCUUGGGCAUGUCAUGGCUGCAAAGCGAGGAUUACCCGGUGAACUUCUACUACCGCACCGUUCACAUUCAUGAUUGGAACGGAGUACUAGUCCCAUGCACGGUGCCUCUUCCUCAUCCUUCGAUCAGCUGCCACAUGGUAUCCGCCGAAAGCAUGCGAGCUUCCAUCAUCAGAGACGACAUCGAGGAGAUGGGGGUGUGUUUUCUCCACCCCCUCCCGCCCCAUGACGCUUCAUCGACGGACUCUUCUUCGGAUCCACACAUCACCGAGCUUCUCGACGCCUACUGCGACGUGUUCGAAGGCCCGCACGGAGCAGUAGCGGAUCGGCCCAUCCGCCACGAGAUCAUCCUCGAGGACGUGGCCGUACCUCCGUGUGGUUGCAUCUACCGAAUGAGCGAGGAAGAGUUAAGUGUGCUUCGGGCACAACUCGACGACCUUCUGGAGAAAGGUUGGAUUCGGCCUAGCUCAUCGCCAUACAGUGCGCCUGUUCUCUUCGUCCGGAAGAAGAACAAGGAUUUGCGGUUGUGCAUCGAUUAUCGCAAGUUCAACGCGCAGACGAUCAGAAACGCUGGCCCUCUCCCACGCAUCGACGACCUUUUCGAGCGAUUGGGGGGCGCCCAGUUCUUCUCUAAGUUGGAUCUCAAGUCGGGAUAUCACCAACUCAAGAUUCGGCAGGAGGACCGCUACAAGACCUUGGCCCCGAUAUGGGCCAGAUGUUCGUCGCGGCCGACCGACGACGACGAGGGAGGGAGGAGCCAACGAGGACGACGACGGAGGACUGCCGACUUCGAAACGACGACGGACGACGAUGGAGGAGGGAGGAGGGCCGCCGACAAGGACGACGACGGGGGACUGUCGACGAGGACGACGACGACGAAGGAGGGAGGACGGCUACCGGCAAGGACGACGACGACAAAGGAGGGUGGAGGGACGACUACGAACCACGACGAGGACGACGAAGGAGGGAGGAGGGCUGACGAAGGAGGGAGGAGGAGUUGGCAGCGGCAGUGCCAGCACUCAGCGGCGGGAGGGAGCGGCGGGAGGCCGCUUCCCAGGGUAGUAAUGUUGCCAGCAGUUCUGGCACCACCUCGGGAAACACGUCGGGCAAGUAGGAAUGGUCGUUGUUCCUGCCAGGGUCGAAGUGGUGGACACACCCUCACCAUCUCGAGAGAUGGCCCAAGCUACUGACUCCGUUGUCGUCCCGCAAACACAUUCGGACCCAUCGAUCCUCUAUUCGAUGAAUGUGAUAGAGUCCUUAAAGGAGCUAGAGGAGUGGUCUAGAUCAGACCCACUAGCUUCUUGGACGGCCUUGGUUAAAGCCCCUAAGGGUGAGUUGUUCGUCGAUGAGGUAGUCAAAGGCCGCAAGGCCAGGGCCUAUUAUGACACCCUCGACGUGAAAAUUCAUUAGUCGUGCGUGCGUCGAGAGGCUGCGCUUACAGGGGCAAGUGCAGCGCUUGAGUCGACCUGUGGAGUCUACCUGUGCCAACAAACAGCGCAUGGUAGU